UUGUACAUCAAGAGAGAAGAUGCCAACAGAGCAAAUGUUGGGCCUAGUGCCAGCAACAACAUCAACCACAAUCACAGUCACAGCAGUAGCAGUAGCAGCAGCAGCAACAACAAUAGCAGCAGUAUUAAUAGUAAUAAUAUGGCUAGUGCGCGUGAAGCAAGUCCUGUACUUAAAAAAAGAAAGGCUGAAGACGUUAGUCAUGAGGCCAGACACAAGCAUAAGUCGCAUCACUCGCCUCGUGAAAGUAGUAGUUCUCAACAACAGCCUUCUACUGGAAAUGAUGAGGACUUGAUUACUGAAGCUGAGGUUAUCGAGACACUUCGAGGCGAGAGAAUGACAACCAAGGAGUUCUUAAUGCGGUUCAGGAAGCGCAUUAAAAAGAACGAGCGUAACCGUGAGAUUAUCACUGAAUUGCUGAAAAAGGUUGCUCGACACAAUGUUACUGGAGAUCCUAAAACCCGUACUGUUGAGCUGAAGCCAGGACUUUAAAAAAAAACAAAAUAUUGUCAAACAUGUACGACUUUAAUCAAAUAUAAAAAAAAAAUGUUGAGAUCAAAUAAAAGAUACAUGAACACUGGCCUUUA